AUGAGGAAAGACAGAGAACAUAAGAAAAGAAAGAGCAAUAUGGAAGAGGCAGAGGAAGCUCAAAUGGAGAAAGUAGGGAAUAUGAGGAGCAAUAGAGGCAUAAUCCCUACUACUUCCAUUCACAGAGAUCGAAGUCACGAUUUAGGAGCUAAAAUGGUCAUUUCAGAGUUCUUGAGAGGUUCUCUAAGAAGUCUGACGACCUUGAGAAUUAUUGUUUCACAAUUUGUUAGGAAUGCUUUUGUGGGCCGUCAUUAUAGCGGAAGAAAGGGGCAACCAGAAGAGGAUUCAAAUGAAUAA